GGUUUAGCUAAAAUUCGCUUAUCAUUAUACAUUAAUGCAGCAUGUGCAAUUAAUUUUUACUUUCAUUUGUUCUGUCUUCAAGAUACGAGUCAGGAGCAAAGGAAGAGCGCCAUCUACGCCAUGUGCCUAGUUGUGCUUGUGUUGACAUUCGCCAUAUGCAUCCUGUUGAAGGUAGUAUUACAACGCUGGCGCAAAGAGCGAAACCUGCUUGUGGGAGUAGUGCGUCCGCCCAUGCCUCCUGCGAGCUCCAUUCUUGGACACGAAGAACUCAACUGGCCUGGUUUCCACUGCACGAAAGCACUCGAAUGGGCCAAGGAGUACGGGCCCGUGUAUAGAUUGAACCUGAACUUUACGGAUGUGGUUGUACUGAGUGAUGUAAACAGUAUCAAGAAAUUCUGCAAAAAUAGCGAUGGACUAUACCGUUCUGGUUGUUUUAUCGUCGGUCGCGACUACAACAAAGGGCUGGCCACGCAGAACGGGGAAUGCUGGAUAGCAAACAAGCGGUAUUGCAUGAGCGUGCUACGCGACCUUGGUUUUGCAAAAACCUCGAUGGAGGAACGCAUGAUGGAUGACUUCCGUCAACUUGAUGCCAGGAUAAACGACAUAAAGGGCCAGGCUGUGCACAUUCGCCCGCUCAUCCUAUCCUGCGUCGCCAGCAACAUUAUGUCCUUCUUCUACCCUAACGGACUUCCCGGUGGGGACGAGGCUUUACGUAAGGCGACCAGUAUUCUAGAAAGGAUGAGAACCAUAAUGCUGGGAGGUGCAGUCAUUCAGUUCUCACCGAGCCUGAUCCGAAACCUGUUCUACCAUAUUCCUUUCUCAAGGAAUGGAAAAGUGGACGGGAUAAUGGAUGAGAUGGAUAACUUUAUUCGAGACCUGAUUCGGAAUUACAAGCCAAGUACGUGUGAAAACGAUAGACGAGGAUUCAUCGAGGGAUAUAUGAAGAAGAUAGAAGAAGUGAGAGAGGAGACAUUGCCUAAAUUUCAAGAGCGGUUUCUCGUAGGUAACGUGAAAACAUUCCUAAUUGCUGGCACGUUCAGCACGACAAACACGAUGCAUUGGCAUCUGCUCAACUUUGCCGCAAAGCAAGAUAUACAAAGUAAAGUGCACCGAGAAAUUGAUGAAGUCGUGGGUACCGAGAGGUUACCCACAUGGGAAGAUCGCAGGCGUAUGCCUUAUACCCUGGCUUGCUGCUGGGAAAUACACCGAUGGAAGCCAGCACCGCCGCUUGGAAUGCCAAGAGAGGCUGAAGAGGACAUCUUAGUCGAUGGCUUCGUCAUACCGAAAGGUACGGUGGUCCUGUUUAAUCUGUGGGCAGCCCACUAUGACGCUGAGCUUUGGCCCGAACCACAACGUUUUGACCCAAGCCGAUUUCUCGACAAGGAUGGAUUCUUCGCACCUGAGAAGCUCGAUAAUGUGAUUGCAUUUUCCGUGGGAAAGCGGUCAUGCCCAGGAGAGGUAUUUGCCUCAAUGGAGAUAUUCCUGCUAGUGACAUUCCUUCUUCAAAAGUACCGUGUCGUCCUGGAGGAGCCACUACAGUACGACCUCGACGACGCUAGCACGAGUCUUGACAGAUUGGAUCAUGUUAAAGUGCGAUUUGUGCCACGUCAUUCAGCUGAAGCUUGAUGUUCUCAAAAAAUAGUGUAUUCACGAUUCCAAGUGCACGAUUCAAGACUUCAAAACAGCAGCCUAAAAAGUUCUGUAGGUCAUUCAUCGAAUAAAUAAAGGGUUCGGCUCUUCAGAAUGGUCUGUAAAAGCUAGCAUAAUAACGUUGACUAUGUUUGUUUAAUAUCCUCUAAAAUUUCUACAAUACCUGUACCAUGAGCGGAUGGUCACUUCAGGCACAAGGGAGAAACAUUCUAGCUUAGCUGAUGCUUCUUGCAUAACCCCUUUUUUAGACUUGCUAUUUGUAUACAUAUUUAACGAGUGAUGUGAAAUCGCAGCCUAUAGCAAAAGCACUUCGCCAGAGGCUUUUUUUAGGUUCGCUGUAUAAUUACGCUCAGGUCAUAGCAUCUAUUCCAUAUGGUGAAUAAAAAGGUAAGUGACACAACAA